GUUGGCCUUGUGAAGUCAUUAGCCUCUUCAGACAUAUAUAGAACGUUUGCAGGAAGGAUUACCGACACACAAGUCUAUCGCUUUGGAAUUAGAUGUUAUGGGUUAAUGUUGCGAUACCAGUCAGGAGCCCUGAUCAGGAAAGUGGGUCUUACAAAGUAUUUUCUAGAUAAAGUUUUUUUGUCCUUGUGAAUGUAUCCUGAUAUUGUAAUUGUGUAAAAGUACAAAGCUAUGUCCCCAACGCCCCAUACACACAAAAAUUGUUUUGGUUAAUCUUGAUGACAGUUGGAACUGUGUACGUGACAUAUGGCAGCAUGUGUUAGCAUGUUGUCCAGCAAGAGGGGGCAGGAAUGCCAGGAGAUGUGCUUGCUUUUGCUGAACAGCUUAAGAGGCUAAUCAUUACCUAAAUUCAGAAGAAAAGAAUCUGAGAAGAUAGAGGAAAGACUGGUUGUGAUUUCAUGAUGUACAAGUUGUAUGCUUGCUGGCAAAGCUGUUGCUAUAGAAACGAACAGUCAGCUUCUCAGAGUGCCAGUGGAAUACUAAUCUGGUAUAAAUGAGAAGUUCCAGCUGCUGCCCAAAGAUUUUCCGGUUGGAUAUUUCUUUUAAUCUUGGUCUGGUAAUGCAUAUGAAGAAUUGGUUAAUACUAUAAUGGAUUUUAAGUGGUACCCUCAAGAAAAUAGGCCUUAUAAUAAAGUUUAUGUCUGACAAGUGGUACGGCUUAUUACAUACAACAAUGACAACCUCUCAUAUGAAUGGGCAUGUAACCGAAGAUUCUGACAAUGAAACAAAAAAUGUGGAUCUUGCACCUCUUGAAGAGGCUCAGAGGCACAGAGAGAUGGCUGUUGAUUGUCCUGGAGAUCUGGGAACCAGGAUGAUGCCUCUGCGGCGCAGUGCUCAGCUUGAGCGAAUUCGACAACAGCAAGAGGAUCUGAGGCGAAGACGGGAAGAAGACGGAAAGAAACAGGAACUGGACCUUAAUUCUUCUAUGCGGCUGAAGAAACUAGCUCAAAUUCCUCCCAAAAUUGGAAUAGACAACCCUAUGUUUGAUACAGGAGAAGGUGUUAUUCUAGAGAGCCCACAUUGUGCUGUGAAAAUCCUAGAAGUUGAUGACCUCCUAUCUUCCCUCAAACAUGUCCAGCACACACUGGUAGAUCCCCAAAGUCAAGAAGAAAUUGCUCUAAUUUUACAGCUUGUCCAAAACACUGAUUUUCAAAAUGCGUUUAAGAUACAUAAUGCUGUUACUGUGCAUAUGAACAAAACAAGUCCACCAUACCCUCUUAUCGCCAAUGCACAAGAGCUUGCACAAGAGGUACAGAGUGUUUUGAAGCCAAGCCAUCAGAAAGAUGGGUUGGAACUUAAUUCUUUAUUGAAUUCCCCACAUAUUCAGGCACUGCUGUUGGCUCAUGAUAAAGUUGCUGAGCAGGAAAUGCAACCAGAGCCAGUGACAGAUGAAAAGAUUUAUGAAAAUGUUGGUCUGUAUGGAGGAGAGACAGUUAAAAUAGUUCGCAUUGAAAAGGCUAGAGAUAUUCCAUUGGGUGCUACGGUACGCAAUGAAAUGGAUUCAGUCAUCAUUAGUCGAAUAGUGAAGGGAGGUGCUGCAGAGAAGAGUGGGCUGUUGCAUGAAGGUGAUGAAGUUCUAGAAAUUAAUGGAAUUGAAAUUCGUGGAAAAGAUGUUAAUGAGGUUUUUGAUUUACUGGCGGACAUGCAUGGCACUCUGACAUUUGUGCUGAUUCCCAGUCAGCAGAGCAAGCCUCCACCUAUCAAGGAGACAGUGAUCCACGUGAAAGCUCACUUUGACUAUGAUCCAUCUGAUGACCCCUAUGUCCCUUGCAGAGAGUUAGGCUUAUCUUUUCAAAAGGGAGAUAUACUCCAUGUGAUCAGCCAAGAAGAUCCAAACUGGUGGCAGGCCUAUCGAGAUGGAGAUGAAGAAAAUCAGCCUUUGGCAGGCCUCAUUCCAGGGAAAAGCUUUCAGCAGCAAAGAGAAGCUAUGAAGCAAACUAUAGAGGAAGACAAAGAACCAGAAAAAUCAGGGAAACUUUGGUGUGCGAAGAAAAAUAAAAAGAAACGGAAAAAAGUUUUGUAUAAUGCCAAUAAAAAUGAUGAUUAUGACAAUGAGGAGAUCUUGACUUAUGAGGAAAUGUCACUUUAUCACCAACCAGCAAAUAGGAAACGGCCCAUUGCCCUGAUUGGUCCACAGAACUGCGGCCAAAAUGAACUGCGGCAAAGGCUAAUGAAUAAUGAAGCUGACAGAUUUGCUUCUGCAGUUCCUCAUACAACACGAAAUAGGAGAGACAAUGAAGUAGCUGGCAGAGAUUACCAUUUUGUAUCACGGCAAGCAUUUGAGGCUGACAUAGCAGCAGGAAAGUUUAUUGAGCAUGGUGAAUUUGAGAAGAAUCUGUAUGGUACCAGCACAGACUCUGUUCGGCAAGUGAUCAAUUCUGGAAAGAUAUGCCUCUUAAAUCUUUAUACGCAGUCACUGAAGAGCCUACGCAAUUCAGAUUUGAAGCCCUAUAUUAUCUUCAUUGCACCACCUUCCCAAGAGCGGCUUCGUGUGUUACUGGCAAAAGAGGGCAAAAAUCCAAAGCCAGAUGAACUUCGAGAAAUUAUAGAAAAAACCAGAGAGAUGGAGCAAAAUAAUGGCCAUUACUUCGAUACAGCUAUUGUGAAUUCUGAUAUUGAUAAAGCAUACCAAGAAUUACUUCGUUUAAUUAACAAACUUGAUACAGAACCUCAGUGGGUUCCGUCAUCCUGGCUACGGUGAAAGACAGUUCCAAGGAAGAACUUGACUAACAGCAGAAACCUCAUCCUGUUAACCUAUAGUCCUCUGUGUGCACUGAUGAUCAGUGUACUUUUUUUAAAAAAAAAUCAUGCAGUCUGAGACAAUUCUACUGUGAUUUAGAAUGUGUGGCCUUUCACUACCUUUUUAUCAGGCAUGGACAUUCUGAACAAGCCACUACAUUUUUAAUAUUUGAAGAGCCUUUCAAAUGGCUGUUUUAAGUUUACCUUUUCUGUCUAUAGUUUUUUCUCAAGGUAAAUUUAUGUAUACAAUCCCUCAUCACUAAAAAUUGUUAAUUGUUAUUUAACAUUUUUAAAUUAAUUAUUUUGCGGACAUUAUUGUAGCUUGCAAAGAUACCUUUAUAGGAUAUCGGAUAAAAGAAUUCAUAUGCAAGGGAAAUGGAGGAAUUAAUCUGUAAAUCCUCUCAGUUGUAUAAAGGGGCUACUUUGAUCUGAAGUUGCUUUCUUGGGCUUCAGUUUCUUAGUGAUAAAACAUUCCAUUAUCCAGUCACACUGCAAUUUUUGAAAAUGUGUACAUUGUAAGUAUUUCAGUUUUUUUUGUCUUCAGUUUAUAAAUCAGAUUCACAUUAUUAAAUAACCAUAAACCCCAUGGAAGGUAUAUACACACUGAUAUUUUAGAUGUGAUAUUUUAUGGAUCUUUUCCUUUUCGCUGUAUCUGUUGAUUGGGAGCCACUGUUAUUCCAUGGAACUAUAGAAAAAUUUAGAAAGGAAGCUAUAUUUUUAUGAAAAUAUAAAUUCUUAUAUGGAUUAUUUUUAAAAAGCAAUGACUUUGCUUCCGUACAGUGUAAAAGUGUCUUUUUAUAACCAGGAAAACAGGCUUUUGGAUGAUAAAUAUUAGAGUAUUUUCUUGUAUUUUUAUACCUAGGCACAAGAUGUCCCAUGGCUGUUGGUCAUGUAGGUAGUUAACUGGAGUUAAUAAUGUUAAAUAGCCCAGUUCUCACCCUGGACUUAAUUGAUAUAGUUGUAAAAUAAAAUGAGUAGUGGGAGAAUGUGAAUGUUACUAAAUUAGGAACUUGGUGUGUUCUCUUUCUAGAACAAGUAUAUUUCUAUGUGAAAUUGAAAAUACCCAUGAAGGUUCAGAUAUUACAGCUAUUUCAUUUAUGAAUUUUCUCCAAUUGUAGCUGCCUUUGAAACUGACUAGUUUUGUUGCUUCUUUAUGGGUGGCACCCUUAAUGUGAAUAUUAGUAGUUUUUCUUUGUUCUCAAUCAUAGCUGUUAUUUUUAUAUACUGUCGUACACUGGAACUACUUCAACAUGCAGUUGAAUAUAACCAAAUAGUUUAAGAAUUAGCUUUCUUUCCAUGUUCUUUUAUAUUUUUCUCUAAAGGAUUAAACAGAAAAUCCAGGCAGGAUAGAUUCCGUUUUGUGUUCAUAGCUAAACAUAGUAUAUACUGACAUAUGGAGAGUGGGGGGGGGACUAUUUAAGAAUGAAAUUAUUCAGUUAGUAUUAUGGUCCAUUCCCCCACCAUGAGAGAAAAGAGAAAUUGGGAAACACCCAGCAGCUCCUAUCCUAUGCAGCAUAUAUGCAAAUAGUCUUUGAGUGUAGCAGCAAGAGAUUGUAAAAUCACUCAACAGUGUGCCUCCAUCCAAUAAAACCUUUGGAUGGAAAAUAGAAGUGAUAUGGAAUUAUCUGUGUAUCCCUGUCAAACCUCAAAAGUAAUUAUUUAUCUCAAAUUGUCAACUUUGUCUAGAAUGCAAAGCACAAAAAUGAAUGUUGUUGUGUUUCUUCCUUUGCUCUGAUGUGAUAGUAAAAAUUCGUAAAGCCUGGGCCAGUGCCGAUGUAAUACUUCCCACCCCUUAAGCAUGGUUAGGGGAUCAGGAAUGGACUAUGGGAUCAUACAAUCCUUCCCCCCUCCUUUGUCACACACUUCCCUGCCCCACUGCCUUAGCUAUCUCUACACUCCCGUUAACCAUGGUUAAGCUUAUGCCCUAGUAUCUGAAACCAGUAUCUGAAGUUGUUUACAAAUCCAAAGUUACAAUACUAAGCAAUGGUUAAGGAUAGUAGAAGAAUUAUGAUUAAGGAUGGUAGAAUUUGCACUCAAAGAGAAGGGUCUAGGGAGGAAAAGAGCACACAGUGCUAUGGCCUAUUCCCACUUCUUUAACUAUGGCUAAGGAAAGGAAAGUGUUAUAUCUGCAUCAUUUUAGUCUGUGGAUUACUGAAAUGUAUGUAUUUGUCAUCCUUUAUGAGGUAUGGUGCUGAUGUCCAUGAGAUCUAAAUUUAAUUACUUUUGUAGCCAUGGGGAAAAAAUCUAAAAACUUUUUCAGUAUCUUAUGUUUAAAUGUAAAAAAAAAGAAAAUGCUGAUGUAAUCCAUAUUGCACUCUAGGACAGUAUAUGAAAUACUGCUUUUGGCAUAUUACAACAGUCAGUGUGUUAAGAAUGAUGUAUGUUAAGCAGAAAAUCCCUUUUGAAUUUCUGAGAUGAUUAAGUACUUAACUGGAUAUAGUCUUCUGUAUGGAGAAAUUCCCAUAUAUAUUAAAUGCGCCUGCCACCUGCCCC